AACUAAUGAAUGGCGCUAAGAUUUUAAGUACAACUGCCACCACACCAGAAAACCAAGUGCCACCAACAUCUACCCGGUUUGUUCCUAAUCUUGAGGCAAUUCAGAAUGCACUUAAAUAUGAUAAAAAAUUGCAUUAUCCAAGUGUAUUAGAAUAUGAAAAAGUUUGUUCUAUAAUGGAUAUCCAUGAGUCUGAAGGCACUGUUAUAUCGAAGCAAUAUGGUGUUAAAGAUGCUCAAGACCCCAAAGACCAAGCUGUGCUUCUUGGUGUCGCAUCUACAAUUAUGCCAACACUACUAACAAAAUAUCCAGAUUUUCUAUCCGUGGACUCUACUGGUCGUCGUAACAGCUUAAACUUUCCAAAUACCGCCUUCAUGGUUAGAUCAGAUGAACCUCGUGGUCGAAUUGUAGCAACAUUUGUAAGUGACAAGGAAAUGAUACCAGUCGUCGAUUUGAUGUUCAACUCGAAUAAUGUUCAACUAAACCCUAGAUGGUUAUCAAUGGAUAAAUGGGACCCUUAUUUGACAGCAACCAGAAAACAUUUUCCUAAUACGCAGAUAGUUUUAUGCGAUUGGCAUGAAG